AAAAGCCGUUUUUCAAAACCCUGAGGGAGGGUCUGAAACAAAAACCUCAAUAUUGCAGAGAGCGGAAAAGCCGCCACUGUUCUCUCAAGCGAAGCAGGCACCACCACCGCACCUGUACUUUGUUGUUUCGAUCCCGAAGGUCGAACAUGUCAGCUAAAUGGAGAGCCUUGCAGCAUCGCCACCGUUACACGUACAGCGCCGUGGUUUUCCCACAAGAUUUCACUGAGGCAUUGGAACAAACACCUUCCUCUCGUUUCUUCUCCGAACUAAAACAGUUGGUGUCUUUAACUUCCACAUAUGCCCAACUCAUCCAUGCUAAGAAUCUGGCCUCUGCUUUCUCGGACUUGCAGUCCAACAGUAAUUCCGACGAGGGUUCCAUCGCUUUGGCUUCAAGGUUAUACUUGGAGAUACUUUUCUUAGAGAAUUCCUCGCCUCUGCAUAGAGCUUUGAUAUCUGUUCUUCCAAAAUGCAAGAACUUCCAGACUCUGAUCCGGAACUGUUUCCGAGAACUGUGCCAGGAGUAUGGAGGUGUGAAUGGGAAAGGGAAGAGGUUCUGCGUUUCACGAGCUGCGUUGUCCAUGAUGGGUACUCCAAAGCUGGGGUACUUGGUGGAAAUUAUUGAAGAAUGCGCAGUUUUGGUGUGCUUGGAUGUGCUGUCUGGGUUGAAUUAUGUGGUGUCUGAGAGUAGUGAGUGGUCUAGGCCUUCACCCCUUGUUAUGGAACAAUGUCAGGAUGCUCUUUCUUGUUUGUACUACUUGCUUCAGCGGUUUCCUGCAAAAAUUGUUGAUGCAGAUGCCAAUCAAGACCUCCUAGUUUGCAAAAAAUCAAGUCUUCUUGAGACGAUUAUGACUACUCUUAUGAGUAUUUUGAAUUCAGACGCAUUUUCCAGAGAUUGUUUUGUGGCAGCUGGGGUCAGUUUUUGUGCUGCUCUGCAGGUGUGUCUUUGCCCUGAAGAGCUUGGUUCAUUCAUAAUGGAAGGAAUUUUUAAUCAGACUUCCAUUUCAUGCUCCAAGUUUGAGUUAAAGGAUGUAAAGGACACAAUUUCAUGGAAGGAAAAAUUGGUUAGCAAUAUCCAAAAAUUAUCUGCACUAAGUAGACUUUGUUUGAUCAGAGGGAUUUUAACAGCAGUUUCAAGAACAGUACUGAAUAUCUUUUUUGUUGUAUCGAAUGAUGGUUAUGAUGGUCUGGGUAAUCCUGGAAAUAAUGAUAGCUCAGUUAAGACAAUUCUUUAUGAUGGGAUUCUGUCAGAGCUGUGUAAUUUUUGUGAGCAUCCAACUGACAGUCAUUUUAAUUUCCAUGCAUUAACAGUGAUGCAAAUUUGCUUGCAGCAGAUAAAAACAUCAAUGCAGGGAACUGAUGGCUAUAUUGAAGAAGGUUAUGAUCCAAUCUCAGAGGAGGUUGGAACAAGGGUAUUGAAAAUUGUAUGGAAUAAUUUGGAAGAUCCUUUAAGUCAAACUGUCAAACAAGUUCACCUUAUAUUUGAUCUCUUCUUAGAUAUUCAGGGAACCCUUCAUUGGGCAGAGGGCAGUGAGAAAUUCUGCUCGUUCUUGAGGAAAAUUGCUUCUGAUCUUCUUCACCUGGGACCACGCUGCAAAGGACGAUAUAUUCCAUUAGCCUCCCUUACCAAGAGGUUGGGGGCAAAGAGUAUCUUAGAUAUGAGCCCUGGCUUGUUAUUUGAUACAACAAAGGCAUAUGUUGAUGACGAUGUGUGUUCUGCUGCAACAACAUUCCUGAAGUGUUUCCUUGAGUGCUUGCGUGAUGAGUAUUGGAGUACUGAUGGGGUUGAAGGUGGGUAUAUCAAAUAUAGAGCUCACUGCUUGCUUCCGAUUUUGUCUGGACUCUCUUCUGGAUUUGCAAAGCUACGCUCUAAUUUGAACACAUAUGCUUUACCAGUUUUACUUGAACUGGAUGUUGACAGUAUAUUUCCAAUGCUUGGUUUUAUUGGCAUUGGAUGUAGUGCAGAGAGCACAGAAAUUUUUUAUCCUGAGCUAGAUUCUAGGGAUAUAGUACUCGGAGUUGAACAGCGGGUGGCUGUCUUGGUUUCACUGCUCAAGGUUUCUCGUAUGCUUGCAUUGAUUGAAGGGGACAUUGAUUGGUGUGAAUAUUCUUCUGUAGCCUUGGAAGUCACAGAUCUGAGUACUGAUGCUGGUGUUUGUGACUCUGUUGUCCACGUAAAGGGGAUUGAAGUUAAAAUUCCAGUUAAUUAUCUACUAUUAGCACUUACCCAUAUUGAUGACUCACUUCGCAUAGAUGCAGCAGAAUCUUUAUUCAUAAAUCCAAAAACUGCCAGUUUGCCAUCUUCUUUGGAAUUGAGUCUGAUGAGAAAGGCAGUUCCAUUGAACAUGAGAUGCUGCUCUACUGCCUUUCAGAUGAAGUGGGCCAGCUUGUUUAGGAAAUUCUUUUCACGGGUUCGGACAGCUUUGGAGAGGGUAAUUAAGCAGGGAACCUGGCAUCCAUCAUUGAUUAAAUGUUUAAGUGGAAGUCCACUUAAUGGAGAAGCAGACCAAAGUUUAAAACACAGGGCAGAGAAUCUUUUUAAUUUUAUGAAGUGGUUGAGUUGUUUUUUGUUCUUUUCAUGUUACCCCUCUGCUCCAUAUGAGAGAAAGAUAAUGGCAAUGGAGUUAAUGCUGAUAAUGUUGAACGUUUGGCAUAUGCUUCCUCCUCAAGGAAAGUCUGAUUCUUACUCUUCUGAAAUCAGUCUAUAUCCUUAUAGUAAGGGGCUUAUCUUACCUGAAUCCACUUUGCUUCUAGUUGGAUCAAUUAUUGAUAGUUGGGACCGACUUAGAGAGAGUUCCUUUAGAAUACUGCUCCACUUCCCUACUCCAAUCCCAGGAAUUAGUAGUCCAGAAUUGGUCUGUGAAGCAAUUAUAUGGGCUAAGAAGCUAGUUUGUAGCCCACGUGUUAGAGAAAGUGAUGCAGGUGCUCUGACUUUUCGGCUCAUAUUCAGAAAAUAUGUUUUGGAACUUGGUUGGGUUGUUAGAGUAUCAUGUAAUGUUGUCACACAGUCUCCAUCUGGGCUGUCAAAUGGGGAGAAUCUGGAGUUUACACCUAGCAGCCCUGUGAUAGAAUACAUAACAUCACUUAUUGAUUGGUUGUGUGCUGCUGUUGAAGAGGGGGAGAAGGAUCUUUCAGAAGCAUGUAAAAAAAGCUUUGUUCAUGGCGUGUUGCUUACUCUUCGAUAUACAUUUGAGGAAAUGGAUUGGGAUUCCAUAGCUGUUGCAUCCAAUAUCUCUAGCAUUAAACUUCUACUGGAAAAGAUCUUGGCUCUUGUUAUGCGAAUAACAUCUUUGGCCCUGUGGGUGGUUUCAGCAGAUGCAUGGUACUUACCAGAUGAAAUGGAGGAAAUGACGGUUGAUGGUGCUUGUUUCUUAGAGAGACCAAUUGAGAUGGAUGUGUCUGCCUCAACACCAGAUGAUGAGAUGAAAAUUGCUAAAGCUGAGCAGGAUGAUGGGCCCAUGGAUCAGAUAGUUAUGGUUGGUUGCUGGCUUGCAAUGAAAGAGGUGAGUCUUCUUUUGGGAACAAUAAUAAGAAAGGUUCCUUUGCCUACCUCUGAUGUACCAAAGUCAUGUUCCCAAAUUACUGAUGGUACUGAUCAAUUGUCAUCUGACAUAGUCCUUGAUUUGAGGCAACUCGAGAUAAUUGGUAACCAUUUCUUAGAAGUCCUUUUGAAAAUGAAGCAUAAUGGUGCUAUUGAUAAGACAAGGGCUGGAUUUACUGCUCUUUGCAACCGUUUGCUUUGUUCAAAUGAUCCAAGGCUAUGUAAAUUAACAGAAUCUUGGAUGGAGCAACUCAUGGAGAGAACUGUUUCCAAGGGACAAACAGUGGAUGACCUCUUAAGGAGAAGUGCUGGUAUUCCUGCUGCAUUUACUGCAUUUUUCCUCUCAGAGCCUGAAGGUGCACCAAAGAGGCUUUUGCCAAAGGCAUUGAGAUGGCUAAUAAAUGUAGCUAAGAAAUCUUUAACAGAUAAAAAUAAAGAAAAUAGUUCUUGUUCUGAGUCUAGUUCAGCCAUUGAUUCAACAAUGGUACCUGAUGUGGCUGCAAUUGAAAUGAUUUCAAAGACUAGAGAUGAAGGUGUUGUUCCUACUGUGCAUGCAUUCAAUGUCCUUAAAGCCGCAUUCAAUGAUGCCAACCUGGCGACAGAUACAUCUGGUUUUUCUGCUGAGGCAUUAAUCGUUUCAAUUCGAUCUUUCUCAUCUUCUUACUGGGAAGUGCGAAACAGUGCCUGUCUUGCAUAUACUGCUCUGGUUCGGCGCAUGAUUGGGUUUCUCAAUGUGCAGAAACGUGAAUCUGCAAGGCGUGCCCUAACUGGACUUGAAUUUUUCCAUCGGUACCCGACACUGCACACAUUCUUAUUUAAUGAGCUGAAAAUUGCAACUGAGUUGUUUUUGGAGGGAUCUUCUGAAAAUUUAACAUCCAACCUGGCAAAAGUGGUGCACCCCAGUUUAUGUCCUAUGCUGAUUCUUUUGUCUCGGCUCAAACCUUCUCCAAUCACAUCUGAAACUGGAGAUCCAUUUGACCCUUUCUUAUUCAUGCCAUUCAUCAGGAAGUGCUCACUCCAAAACAAUCUUCGAAUUCGCAUUCUUGCAUCUAGAGCUCUAACAGGCAUGGUUUCCAAUGAAAAAUUGCCAACUGUCAUCCUUAAUAUUGCCUCUGAGUUACCUGCUAUAGACAACCACAGCAUGACAUCUGAUUUGUCGGGCCUUUCCAAUUUGAAUGCUUCUUUUAAUUCAAUUCAUGGAAUGCUAUUACAGCUGAGCUCUCUUCUGGAUACCAACUGUAGAAACCUGGCUGAUUUCUCUAAGAAAGAAGAUAUUCUUAGUGACUUGAUUCAUGUUCUUGGUAAGCAUUCAUGGAUUGGAAGCCCCCAAAAGUGUCCUUGCCCAAUUCUUAACUGCAGCUUUUUGAAGGUUCUUGAUAAUAUGCUCAGUAUUGCUAGAACAUGUGAAAUGAGCAAAUGUAUUAGUGUCAUUUGGAACCUACUAUGGACCUUAUCAUCAGAAUGCCUGGAUCUAUAUACUUCUAAAAGGCCAGCAUACUUUGAUCCAACAAUUGCAGAACUCCGCAAACAAGCUGCAAGUUCAUAUUUCAAUUGUGCUUAUCAAACAUCUAAAGAUGUAAAUGAAGAAGAUCUGAUAUAUCUGAGAGGUCCUCCACCUGAUUCAGAAUUGUUUAAAGAAUCUGAGACACAAAUGUCUGUUACCAGAUUCCAAGAGAGAUUGAUCCGAUCUUUAUCUGAUGCAUUGUAUGAAGUUCGAAUUGCAACACUUAAGUGGCUUCUUCUUUUCCUGAACUCACCAGAAUCCAGAACUGCUGAGAGCAGCAACAAAUCUCAAAGUGAGAUCAAACUGCUUUGGUUGAGCAAUAUUGGCCUUCAGGCUAUGUUGAUGCAGCUUUUGGCUGUGGAGAAGAAUCAUAAAUGUAUGAACUACAUUUUAAAGAUUAUCUACACUUAUAACAUGCAGCAAUAUAAUAAGAAUUGUGGACAACACGAGAAACCUACUUUUGUUGGGAAUAUGGACAGUGAUUCAGUCCUCCAGUUCUGGGACAAGGUGGUUUCCUUGUACAAGGUCACCAGACAUGCUAAGACUCGAGAGAUGCUUGUAUGCUGCAUGGCUGUAUGUAUAAAACGAUUAGCUGACCUGUUUACAAGCUCGAUUUGUAGCUUGGGAAACGAGAAAGUAGUGGUGGUCAACCCUUCUGAUCCAUCUAAAUUAUCUGUUUUCAGUGAGUGCAUAGACUACUUUGUCGAAGUAAUUCAGGAGCAUAGUGAUGCAUCAGAGCCUAUAAACAUGCGUAAGGCAGCUGCCCAAUCAAUAGUAGCAUCUGGUCUGCUGGAUCAAGCUCAGGCUCUUAGUCCUUCAGUCUCCAAUCAUCAAGUUCCUGAUGGUAACAAACAGAAGGAUGCUCUUCAUCUGUAUGCUCAUAAGAUACUGGAUUUGUGGUUUACUUGCAUGAAGCUUCUGGAAGAUGAAGAUGAUGGACUUAGGAAACAACUUUCUCUGGAGGUCCAAAAGUGUAUUACCUCUGGAAAAUCUGGAAGCCACUUUUCAUCUGGAGUAGUUCCCAUCCAAGUGGAGAAAGUGAUUGAGAUGAGCUUUGAGCAUCUAUCAUCUACUUUUGGUCACUGGCUUGACUACCUCGACUUUCUUUGCCACUGGGUUCAAAGUGCCACAAACUCUGCCUGUGCGGUAUCAAUAGCAGAUCCUGUGAGACGUGUCUUCGACAAGGAAAUUGAUAACCAUCAUGAAGAAAAGCUGUUGAUCUCUCAGAUAUGUUGUUCCCACCUGGAGAAGCUUCCAGUUUCAAAACUCACCACUGAAUUCCGAGACAACAAUAUCUGUAGUGUCUUGCAGAGUUGGAGGAGGAGGUUUUGCCAACAGUUGAUAUCAUUUGGUAACGCUUAUAUUGGCACACAGGGAGGAGUUGACUGGAUUGGUGGUGUAGGAAACCACAAGGAUGCCUUUUUACCCGUGUAUGUGAAUUUACUCGCAUUUCAUGCCUUGUCAAACUGUAUUCUAAGGGGUGAAGCAGAAGAUAGCAAGUCCAUGGUUCCUGAACUCCUUGAACUGGGAGAGGCUAUACAACCGUUCCUUAGAAACCCUUUGAUCUCUAACCUAUUUGUUUUAGUCGUGAAGUCACAUGAGAAAAUCGCGGGUGGGGCUGUUGAACACUUGGUCCUGGAGAUCAGUGGAGCUUACUCUGCCUGGGAUGCUUUUGAUCCAUACUUUUUGUUCAGGUGAGAAACUUGUUUUAAUUUAUUCAGAUUGUACUGUAAGCUGUAGCUGUUUUAUAUGGGAUGGGGUGUAUAUGAACUAUAUGAAGACUGUUCCAGCCAUUUUUAUCUCCAUCUUUGAAAGGGAAGGGGUAGGUUGUUGGUUGAAAGUUUCUAGGCAGUGUACUACUGGCAUUCAUAGUUGAAGUAAUUGAGAUGGUUUGCCUUGAUUCUACUAUUAUUUUAUCAUCAUUUCUCAUUUCCUGAGGCUGAGGUUUCAAUCCUGUAAUGUGGAAAAGGAAACAAUAUACAGCCAGCUAGAGUCUUUAUAAUACCUUUUUUUAAUGAGUGA